UUAUUAAACGUUAAAAUAACAAGGACGUUUGGUAAACGGCAUGUAGACAACACAAGAAGAUGACAGAUUUUAAAGAAGAACAAAAUAAUGAGAUAGAAGCGCUAGAGUCUAUCUAUCCUGACGAAAUAUCUGUAAUAUCAGUACAGCCGUAUCAUGUAUUUGAAGUACAUAUUGAGUCACAAGACAUAAGCGAUCCCUAUGACACCGGAGUAGAACCGGAACUAGCAGCACAAUGCACGCUGCAGUUUUCCUAUGUCGAAAAGUACCCAGAGGAUCCUCCAGUGUUUGAAAUCACGGAACAUGAAAACUUGGAGGAUGAUCAGAUUGAAGCUCUCAACGAGUUGAUAACAGAAACAAUAGAAGAAUCUCUUGGUAUGGUGAUGGUUUUCACAAUAGUCUCGACCGUACAGGAAAAACUGACUCAAUUUGUUGAAGAAACGAAGAAGAACCGAAUAGAAAUUGAGGAACAUGAGAAAAAGAAGAAGGAUGAACUGGAAAUGAAAAAGUUUGAGGGGACACGAGUGACAAUAGAAACGUUCUUAGCCUGGAAAGCCAAAUUUGAUGCAGAGAUGAGUGAACAGAAAAGAAUGAAAAAUCAAGUUGUUGUCGGCCCGAAGGGGCUCACAGGGAAAGAACUGUUCUUCACCGAUGAUUCCAUGAAUGAUUCGGAUGUGAAAUUCCUUCAAUCAGAGGAGGAUACAGUGGAAGUAGACGAAUCCCUGUUUCAAGAUAUGGAUGACCUUGACCUAGAUGUCAAUGACCUUGACCUCGAAGAUACAGCUGUUGAUUAAUGAUACAAAUUGUGCUAGAAUUAAGAUUAAAGUAUGUAAAUAUA